AUGACGUCCCAUGAAGAGACCCUCGUGGCCACCCCAGCCCCUGCCGUACGCACUGUUCUGCCUUCCCCUACUUCGUCCCCUUCCAUCUUCCGAGUACCACAAACUAACAAAAGAGGAACGGUUUCCAGCCCCGUGGAGUUGUGCCAUGUGAUUGUGGGAUACCUGUUGUAUGAUGUCAAUCCUCCUGAAGGGUUCAACCUUCGCAGAGAUGUCUACAUUCGCAUUGCUUCCCUUCUAAAAACCUUGCUGAAAAGUGAAAACUGGGUGUUAGUUCUGCCUCCCUGGGGACGCCUUUAUCACUGGCAAAGCCCUGACAUCCUUCAGGUCCGCAUCCCUUGGUCUGAGUUCUUUGAUCUCCCAAGCCUCAACAGGAACAUCCCAGUCAUUGAAUAUGAGCAGUUCCUUGCAGAGUCAGGUGGGCCCUUUAUUGAGCAGAUUUAUGUCCUACAAGGCUAUGCAGAAGGAUGGAAAGAAGGAACAUGGGAAGAAAAAAUAGAUGAAAGGCCAUGCAUUGAUCAGCUUAUGUACUCCAAAGACAAACAUGAGUACUACAGGGGAUGGUUCUGGGGUUAUGAGGAAACACGGGGCCUAAAUGUCUCUUGCUUGUCUGUCCAAGGGUCUGCCUCUAUUGCAGCUCCCAUCCUUUUGAAGAACACUUCAGCACAGUCAGUGAUGUUAGACAGAGCUGAAAACCUUCUUCAUGACCACUAUGGAGGGAAGGAUUAUUGGAAUACCCGUCGAAGUAUGGUGUUUGCUAAACACCUCCGUGUAGUGGGAGAUGAGUUUAGAAAGAAAUACCUUCAAUCCACGGAUGAGGCAGACAGGACUCUUUACAAGGAGGACUGGACACAGAUGAAGGUUAAGAUGGGCACAGCUCUAGGUGGUCCAUACCUUGGGGUUCAUCUCAGAAGGAAAGACUUCGUUUGGGGUCACAGAGAAGACGUACCUUCCCUGCAAGGAGCAGUAAAGAAAAUCCGCAGCCUCUUGGAGAUGCAUAAACUUGAAAAAGUUUUUGUAGCCACUGAUGCUGUCGAGGAGGAGGUUGAAUUGCUCAAGAAACUGCUGCCUGAGAUGGUGAGGUUUGAACCCUCUUGGGAGGAGCUGGAACUCUACAAAGAUGGGGGCUUGGCCGUGAUUGACCAGUGGAUCUGCGCACAUGCAAGGUAUUUUAUAGGCACCUCAGUUUCAACAUUCUCCUUCCGGAUCCAUGAGGAAAGGGAGAUCUUGGGAUUUGAUCCAAAAACAACUUACAACCGAUUUUGUGGUGAAAAAGAGAAAAACUGUGAGCAGCCAACUCACUGGAAAAUUGUGUACUAAAAUACUGAAAUCCAAGGACUUCAGUCCUGGUGAGCUCAAAAGAAUAAGGAAAACCUGUGGGGAAACAUCUCCCUUUGACCAAACUACAGCUCAGUUCUCUACUCCCUUCUCGGUGUUUACUUGGCAUUCGAGUUUUGAAGUACAAGCAAUAUUCACCUUCUUAGCCAGGCACUGAUGGGAGCGAGGAAAAUGAAGUCAACCUGGAAU